CCGUAAUGAGUAUUGUAAGAAGAACUUGGGCGAAAUAUCAACAGCUGCUUAUAACGCAUCCCUUGAAAACACAAACUAUAGGAACAGGUAUUGUAAUUAAUGAAAUUCCGUUUUUAACUUCAUUUGUCAUGAAACUCAUGAUGGAUUUGAGGAGCGCUGUGGCUAUAUGCCCGGUAACCGGUCAAGGUUUUCAAAACACUAAAUGGCCGGCAGUCCUAUAUUAUCAGUAAAUUUCACAAAAUCGAAAGGUUCCAGCUAAUCUAAACUAUCAUAUGUCGAUUUAGAAAAGUCAAGCGAUCCUGAAAUGCUUUACAGAUCUCAAGUCUAGUGUUUGGUUUGCGCUGGGCUCAGAGGAGGAAAUCAUGUUUUGUGACACUUAGAAAUUUUUUCAGCUCGACUGCCGGUCAAGGUUUUCAAAACACUAAAUGGCCGGCAGUCCUAUAUUAUCAGUAAAUUUCACAAAAUCGAAAGAUUCUAUCUAAUCGUUACUAUCAUAUGUCGAUUAAGACAGGUCAAGCGAUCCUGAAAUGCUUCAUAGAUCUCAAGUCUAGUGUUUGGUUUACGCUGGGCUCAGAAGACGAAACCGUGUUUUGUGACACUUAGAACUUUUUCAGCUCGACUGCCGGUCAAGGUUUUCAAAACACUAAAUGGCCGGCAGUCCCAUAUUCUCAGUAAAUUUCACAAAUCGAAAAAAUUCAGCCGUUCUGAACUAUCAUAAGUCGUGAUCCUGAUCAAAGUCUCUACGCGUUAGUUCCCUUCUGGAGCUGAAAUGCAUCGCUUGACUUUUCUAAAUCGACAUAUGACAGUUUUAUAGAUUAGCUAGAAUCUUUCGGUUUUGUGAAAUUUACUGAUAAUAUAGGACUGCCGGCCAUUUAGUGUUUUGAAAACCUUGACCGGCAGCUCAAGUCUCAUAAAACAUGAUUUCCUCCUCUGAGCCCAGCGCAAACCAAACACUAGACUUGAGAUCUGUAAAGCAUUUCAGGAUCGCUUGACUUUUCUAAAUCGACAUCUGAUAGUUUAGAUUAGCUAGAAUCUUUCGAUUUUGUGAAAUUUACUGAUAAUAUAGGACUGCCGGCCAUUUAGUGUUUUGAAAACCUUGACCGGUUACCGGCCAUAUAGCCACAGCGUUUGAGGAGACAUCACCUCACUCAAAUCAUUUGAGUGAGGUGAUGUCUUCUAAAAUCCAAAGCUUAAUUGCUGUGAAAUAAGCUUAAAUCCUUUUACCGAUCGCGUUGUAGGGGCUUAGAAUUGUUUUGAAAGACAAAAUUGAUGAACUUCGGAUUUGCGGAUUUGCCAUUAUUAAGCUUGGAAUGUCCUCUAAAUUUUCAGGGUAUGAGGACGUUUGGAGAAACAGUUGGGAGAGUUUGUGUAUUGUUAGAUUUCGAUGUACUCAAAAUGGAAAACAUAGUAAAAUAGAAAAGGCCUAGAUCAAAUGAAACUAUGGGCAUGAAACCAAACUAUGGCACGCUGUUUGUUUUAAAAUUAUUUUAGUCAGUAAUGUAUCAUAUCAAUGUCUUCUUGUCAUUUAUCUCUCAUCCCUUAUUUGGCAUCAUUUGUUGUUGCUUUUUCAUAUGUCUCCUCUUGAUAUUUAGUGCUCCAGAGAGAGACUGUCAGUUUAACAUUAAUGUUGGUUGUCUGCACUAGUCUAUCAGUUGUAUCCAUUACUCUGUCAGUUGUACACACUACUCUGUCAUUUGUAAACAUUUUCUCUGUUAACCCAUGCACUGAGGGGUGUCCAUAUUAACUGGGUCGAAUUUAGAGAAAGUGUAACUUAAGGGUAACUUAAGGACUUUCUUUCCCCAGGGACAAAGCAAACUAUCUGUAAUAAUGAGGUGUCCAAAAAACGGGGUUUGACUGUAUACACAGGGCUUUCAACUCUCCUGCAUAAUCUGGGAGACUCCAGAUUUUGAACCAUAAUUCACCCAGUCUCCAGGGUAGAAUCUGAAAUCUCGUGGACAAUCGCUGUGGUUUGCCAUUUCUUGUAGAAUCAACUUUCCCUCAUCCCCUAUUUGGCAUCAUUUGUUGUUGCUUUUUCAUAUGUCUCCUCUUGAUAUUUAGUGCUCCAGAGAGAGACUGUCGGUUUAACAUUAAUGUUGGUUGUAUGCACUAGUCUAUCAGUUGUAUCCAUUACUCUGUCAGUUGUACACACUACUCUGUCAUUUGUAAACAUUUUCUCUGUUAACCCAUGCACUGAGGGGUGUCCAUAUUAACUGGGUCGAAUUUAGAGAAAGUGUAACUUAAGGGUAACUUAAGGACUUUCUUUCCCCAGGGACAAAGCAAACUAUCUGUAAUAAUGAGGUGUCCAAAAAACGGGGUUUGACUGUAUACACAGGGCUUUCAACUCUCCUGCAUAAUCUGGGAGACUCCAGAUUUUGAACCAUAAUUCACCCAGUCUCCAGGUUAGAAUCUGAAAUCUCGUGGACAAUCGCUGUGGUUUGCCAUUUCUUGUAGAAUCAACUUUCUGACAGUGGAAUUUUUUCAAAUACCUUGCGUUGUUUGAGCUAUUUUACUGUUAACAUCAAACAUUUCCUCACAAACUCCGGUAUGCCAUUGUAAAUAAUAUAAGCAAUAAUGUGGUUGGUGGAAAGUAAGCCAAUUAGGUCAAAUGUUACAAUUCCAACAACAUCUUUUUUGUGCAGUUUUUUUCACAAAUGAUGUCAUGUGCCGUGGUCAUUAUGACAUCAUUUUAUCAUCCCCUUUCCCAUCAAUUCUCAAUAUUUUAAGAUGUGGGGGGUUGACAGCUCUGGUAUACACCUGAUUGAAAAAAAAUGUUGUCGCUUGAAAAGUAUAAACCAUGAACAAUGGGACCUAAUGGAUUUAUGGGUAGAACUUUAUUAGCAUUGCAAGUUCUUUUCAGGAAUGUUUACUUUAUCCAAGCUUUUGACAACGAUGCACAGGGCUCAAAAUUAAUGCUCGCAAACUCGCAAAAUGUGGGUGAUUUUGAUAAUCUGCGAGUGAGGAAAAUACCCACUAGCAAACGUUUGCGAGUUAGAAUCAUCCAUGUCUACCAAACAAAGGGAGAGAAUUUGCUAGUGGUCUCACCAGUUUGCUAGUGGAAAAAAAUCUUACUAGCAAAACUUUGCAAGUGCACUAAAAUUUUAACCUCGAGCCCUGGAUGCGUCCAAAAAACGUCAAACAGUUUCCAGAUUUCAUGGCCAUAAGCUCACCUCUUCACCUGUCCUGGACACAUAACAGAUGUCUACAGUUAAAGAGCAUAGCCAUUUGGCAAAUUCACACUUAAAAAUCAUAAGAUAGGACCUAAUGCUUUCUUGGAAGACAAAAAAAAGACAACGGCAUGCCUUACAGAAAGUACUCUAGACUAGGGAUUUGCAUCCGCACAAGCAUCUCGUGACAAUGUAAACUUUUGUCAAAAGAACUUUGAAUUUGCUUUGCUAAUGAGUGUAUACCCAUAAAUCCUUGAGCCCUCAUCGUUCAUGGUUUACACUUUUUAGCAACAACAUUUUUUCAAUCAGAUUUAUCAAAAGGAUAAUGCUCUUGGCCCACAGAUUGCCUUCAUGCAGAUUUCACAGUUGCACUAGAUACCUAGACAUGUAUGCACAGUGCAGAUCAAAACAACUGUCCAAAAAAUGCGUGUGUACAAUUUGUGCGUCUGCAUCUGAGAGUGCAUGCAUCUCUGACUUGUCUGAUUAGUAUGUAUGGACCAGCUUAGCUCUUUCACAAUGGUGUGUUAUUAAUGUUUUUUUUUGUAUGUAUGAUAAACUCAGCCUGUCUGACCUAGUUUGAAAGUAAGAAUUCGCUUGUAUUUUUCACAUGCUAGAAAAGGUUAUCAUCAUACUGAUAUAAAAAGAAUACAUUAAUAGGCCACCAUUGUGAAAGAGGUCUAUUGUCUACUUAUUGCUCUUAUUUUGUGAAAGGUUUGAACCCAGGAGUCAUUUCAUAAGUAGGCUGAGUAUGUUUGUCUGGGUGAACGUAGUCCUGAAUGUUGACAGUGACUGACGUUUCAACAUCCUAUGCAGUAUUCAUCUUCAGAGUGACUCUGAAGAUGAAUACUACAGAUUGUUGAAAUACCAGUGACUGUCAACAAUAACAGUCCUAUUCAGGACAUAAUGUUCACCUGGACAUUCAUGCAUAACCUUCUUUUGUUUUUAUUAUGUUGUUAGUUUUUGUGGACUUUAUUGUAUUAAGUCAUUGCAUCUUAAACAGUGAAUAAUGCUUUGAGCAUUAACCGAGAACUGUAUACAAGUAAACAUAUAUUUAUCUUCCUACAGGGUAUGUCAAACAUUUGAACAAGCAUCCACAUCAUUGGCACUAAACGAAUCUUUGGCUAAAUGUUUUCCAUCCGUUAUUAGUUUAAGCAUCUUGUGGAAGGAUGAACAUGUAUAUACAGAAAGUAAACCAAUUUCUCCACCUAGUCUAAUUACGAGAAAUGUUGAUGACAAAAAGUUAUAAAGCACAAGUGUCAGUCAUUUGGCUACAGUGAAGUUAGCUAAGAACCAUGGCUGUGCCACUUUGACUUACAAACAUUCACAGAAAAUAUUUCCCAUAGAGUGAAUUUAAAGAGUCAGUGAUGUUUGUUUUGAAGAUGUAAACUUUCCCAUCAUGGAUACCCAGCAUUUGGUGUCUUUGACAAAAUGUGAAUUAUAUUCAUUUAAAGAAUAAUUGCUGACAUGAUCUAACUUGACUGUGCAGGUAAAUUAUUUUAUUUACGCUGGCAAGUUACUUCAUGUCCGAGUCAACCUGGAAUGUUUUUUGAAUAAGAAGGAUAUCUCAUUUCAAAAUAAAGACUGUCUCUGCUUGUGUGGUUUUGUAUCUGUCAGGCCAAAUCGCAUGAAUUAUAACCAAAUUUUGUACAUUUUCUAGAUCUGAUCCUAGUAAAAUCAAGAUCGACAUGUAUAAUAAUACUACUAAUAACUCCAUGCUUAAAUCUACAUUUCUUUUGUAAAUAUGAAAUGUCACUUUUAUAAUAUUUAAGUAAUAUUUCAUUCUUAGGUUUUACAGUGUCCUUUUUACAACUUACUGUGGUUUAAGUACAAGUAUCUUUUUCUUUUGUUGUGUAUUGUUGCUCAUAAUUAAAAACAGUAAGAUUUAUACUACAAAUAAUUUGAGAGCAAUUUUCUACGAAAGACUUUCAUUAUAGUACCGUAUGACUGUUCUUAGUGAGAUUCUCACAACAAAAAGAUUAAAGAGGCUAUGUCACACUAUUUUCUAACUUUGCAUCAGUUGAAUUCCAAAAAUAAUGUUCCAGUUCUGUUAUGCACGGCUAUUAAUAUUAGUUAGGCAUUGAAACAAUAUCCUAUAGACCUUUGUCAGGCGACGGCCAUUUUGUCCCAGGAGAUUUAAAACGCUAUGUUUUUGCAUGGUUAACCUCGCAGUGAGAACAAGGCUAUCUGUACAAAUACAAAGCUUUUUUAAUCUCUUGGGACAAAAUGGCUGCCGCAUGACAAAGGUCUAUUGUUUGUAGCUACAAAUGGCAAUUAAGGAUGGAAGUUGAUUAAAAGUUGAAAAAGUUGUGCCAACCUUUUCAAGUUUUAAAGCUUUGUACCUGCAAAAAUUACAAUCAUAAAAAUUGUUAUGGCUAGUGCACCAUGGUGAAAACUUUGUUUGGUUAUCUUCUUUAAACCUCUAAACAAGUAUUUGUUGUAUGGGUCAAGGGACUAAGUUCUGAUGUAUAUGUAAGCUAUCCAUGAACAUGCUACGGUACAACUAGGAAGCAUAAUAUUAUUGCAAAAAGAAGAAAGUGUGCAAUAGCUCUGGACUGGUGGAUUUUGCUAUUGUGCUAGUGAAUUUCAUUCUUAACUUGCCCAACGUACAGCACAGUGAAGUUUUUUUUAGGGAUUCAAAAGACAGUCUAAGAACUGUGUAAUCAUUGCAGUUUCAAAAAGUAUUUGGGGAUAGACCUUUGGGCUAAUGCAUGCUAGCUCAUACAGCUUGCCCAAAUGACAAGCUGUAGAACUGACUUUUGCACCCUGCUUAUGUUAAUUCCCAUUAGACUUCACAGUCCCCUAUUAUUCCAUAAGAUCAUCAAAUACUGUAACUUUUAUACAUUUGAGUUGAAUCAGAAUACACAGAAGUUAAAGGGGAAGGAUUUCAUUCACACCCCUUGGAUAUGAGCUGCAGUGAUAUGAGGACAGGCCCCAUAUUCCCCCCAAAUCGGUGAUCCUAUACCCCCCCUCCCAACCCGCAGUCCCUGGGUAGAAUUGAUACUCAUCCCUAGGUUACAUUCAGACCAUGGGCAAAUUAAAAGAAAAAAGGAAGAAAGAAAAAGAGUGAUUAUCUAAUGUGUUUAUGUAAAGUAUAAAAGUACAGAGGAAGUGGCCAAUUGGCUGGGUUGAUUAAGCUGUUGCUGCCAAUCCCACUUGCUGUCUCAUUUAUAUACCCUGUAUGCCUCCAUAAGGCCUUAAAAACCGUCCGUUUCACUACUCUAUUUUAGACAAGAGACUCUCCAACCCGUAUUUAGGCUAUUGAAUCCCCCCUCACACACACAUAUACAUGUACACUGAUUGAAAUCUCCCACAUUUUACAGCCUGUUCAGGGCAACACCCUGUUUGAGAGGCUAAUAGCAAAAUUGUGUAUUCAGUUUUAAGACUCUCAACCUCCCAAACCCAUACCAUAUUCAGUGCUGUUACCCAUUAAGGCCAAAUAAGGGAGUGCUUUCCCCUGGGGCAUAGGCGUACGGGAAAUUUUUUGCCAGGGGGGGCGGUAAACCAUUUGCCCAAAAACACCUCACAAGUUGCCCAAAUUUUUACGAAAGAGUCGAAAAGAAAUGAGGGCCAUAUUGCAACAACAUAGGCCGUCCUGGCAUAUGAAGGUGGCUCGACACAGUUUUUAAUGGUCAAUACCAAGUCUGAGCAUAAACUACGUCGCCAUAAACAAACAUUUGGAAAAACUGCGACCAUCAGGGUCGCAAUGACAUCGGAGUUGUCAUAGCAAUGAAAUGACUCUAUUACCUAUUUUACUUCAGCAUUGAUUCUCGGGACGGGAACCUUACAAGCUUACGGUCGCCUGGAUGUUCGUGAAGUUUAAGCAAAACCUUAAGAGCGUUAUCGAGAUAUUUUGCAAUGAAGUUUUUAUUCUUAGAAAUUCGGUAGGAAAAGGAAAAUCUUCAUUUUUGGCCGUUAUCUGUAGAGAACGAAGCGCUUUUGACCUGCAAUUUCACCUCAUAGUAGUUUUAGUCUUUUUAAAAACAUGUGUGAAAGAUCGUGGAAAUGGCUCUGCUUGAUUGCUAGAAUCGAAAGAAGGAUUUGAUUAGUAUGUACCGAGACAUUCUUGUUAGCAGUUUUGUAAACAUUUCGGUCUACUUUAACAAAUAAGCGAAUUAUUUUAAACCACUCGAUAGAUUUUUUAAACGAAUUAAGAUUCUUCUCGUAAUUCAAACUGAGAAUUAGUCAGCCACUUCUUAAUUUUCAUACCCAUUGUAGCCUACGUAGCAAGCGUUUCCAGUCGAACUCGCGCGGAAACGCUUGCUAUGCAGGCAAUACCCAUUGCUAAAUGCUAUCUGCCAUACACUGUUCGUCGAGUGGAGAUGAUUCUAGAAAGUUAUGCGAAAGUUUAUUUUAAUCAAUUCUCGACUUGAAAUAGCCCAUUCCAGCUAGUGCAGUGCAGUAUAGUGCCCAACCAAAAAAAACUGCAAAUAUGUAAAUUACUCAUCACAUGCUAAGCAACCACUGUAAUGUAACUGGAUUAUUACGCCGACUUCAGGUUAAUAUUCAGGUCUUUAAAAUAAUUAAAUAAAAUGGAGACGUCUUUAAAAACUGGCUUUGCCCAAAUUUUCUCUCGCUGCCCAAAAAAUCUGAGUUGCCCAAAAUUUGGGGGGGCUGCAGCCCCCCUCGCCCCCCCGGCCCGUACGCCUAUGCCCUGGGGUGGAAAGACAGUAUAACUCUUCAUUACUUCUUGUUUUUGCCUUAGGUGUCCUUGUCGCCACUGGAGAUGUCAUCACCCAGCAAUUUCCUGAGCGAAAAGGCACAAAUCAUGACUUCAGAAGAACAGCUCGUAUGGGAGUGGUUGGACUAGUUAUUGGCCCUGUGCUAAGAUCAUGGUAUCUUACACUGGAAAGGAUUGUCCCUGGGGCUGCCAAAACUGCCGGCUUUAAAAAGAUGCUGCUUGAUCAGAGUCUCUUUGCUCCUGUUAUGAUUUGCUUCUUUUUCAGUGUGUCAGAGACACUUGCUGGAAAACGACCACAUGAAAUUAAAGAGAUGCUCCAGGAACGCUACGUACAAACACUGAUCACAAAUUAUAAGAUCUGGCCUCUUGCACAGACUCUGAAUUUUACAUUUGUUCCUAUUCAGCACCGUGUUGGCUUUGUCCAAAUUGUAGCAAUAUUUUGGAAUGCAUACUUGUCAUGGAUGGCUAACAAGCCAUCACCUGAUGCUGCAGCCUUAACUGUUAAGGAUUCUUUGGAGCUGGUUCAGUGA